AGAAGAAGAACAGAUGAAUUUGUAGGUUAAGGUUAACCAUGUCAAGUGUCAAAUUUGACAUUAGGUUUGUUUUCAAACUAAAUAACAAAAUAAGUAAUAAAUGUAAAAAUUAAAAUAGAGAAAAUACUCUCUAUUAUAAAAUAGAAACUAAAUAGUAAAUUAAAUAUGGAACAUCAACCAAGCAUAUAUAGAAAGAUGCUAGCAGCAGCCGUUUCCAGUAUUUUAUUAGAAUAUGGUGUUGAUACUGUGGAUAGAGAAUGUUUAGGAACUCUUACAGAAAUGAUGCAAGCUUUUAUUACAGAGGUUGCUUCAAUGUCUAGAAAUUACUGUGAACUCUCAGGACGUGUAGAUCCAGUCCUAGGUGAUAUAGUUUUAGGAUUUGUAGAAAUGGGUUUUAAUUUUAACACAUUGGAAAGUUAUGUCAAAGGUUCCAAUCAUAGUAUUUUGCCUUCACUUCAACAACAACAACCUCAAAAACAGUUGAAUAUGUUAGCAGCUGGUAGUAAACAACCUUUACCGGCUCAUAUACCCCAACAUUUUCCACCAUUUCCAGAUCCACAUGCGUAUGUUAGAACUCCUACACAUAAACAACCAAUUAUUGAUUAUGAAUCUGUACGAGAAAAAGCGGCCAUUCAAAAAAGAGAUAUUGAGAAGGCCCUAACCAAGUUCCUUGCUAAAACUAAUACUACACAUAAUUUGUUUGAUACAGAUGAGGCUAAUAUUUUUCCAUUGAUUGCUUGUGUUCCUGUAUAUCCUCCAUAUCUCAGCGCUCUUCUUCCACAAGAUCAAAUUUUCGAUGCAGAAGAUUUGGAUAUCGACCCCAAGAGUCAAAUAUUACAACAGCAGAAGAAUCAUGAUAAAGCGAAAAAUAAUGUGAAGCAAGAAAAGAAAGAAGAUGCCGAACCCGAUAAUUUGAAUGAAUCUAGAACAAGCGAGGACAAUGCAAACAGUUCGAAUUAUAUAGAUAACCCAUACCUAGCUGCGACCAAACUACCAGGAGGACAAAAUAUGGACAUAUUAUGAUAUAAAAGUGAUGUUUUAGUUAAGCAGAAAAGUGAUUUUUAAGUUUGUACAGUUGUAGAAUAUAUGUAUAUUUAAUUCUAAAUAA